GACAGGGAUGGAGGAGCAGAUCGUGCAUCCUUCGGUCUUCGUUGUGGAUGGGCAGCAGGACUUGCCCUUUGCCCCACCACGACUGAGCAAACGGCGGACAUGUCAGUGGACACAGUUGGCCCUGGGGAUCCUGGUGCUGCUGGCACUGAUCGGAGUGGCCAGUGAGGCAUAUUUUUUGCUGGGCCUCCACAGGAACCUAAAGGGGAUCAGUGCCCAGAUGGCGAGCGGAGACCACAGCUCCUUGGAGAAGAUGGUGCAAGAGCGUAAAUCACAGCAAGACAAGCCAGCAGCCCAUCUCACAGGUGCCAACUACAGUCUGGUGGGUGAGAGCGGACUGCUCUGGGAACCAAGCCUGGGUCUGGCCUUCCUGCACAGCAUGAGCUACCACGAAGGAUCGCUUAUCUGCACACACCCCGGUUAUUAUUUUGUCUACUCGAAGGUGCAGUUGGGGGAUAUCAGCUGCUCGUCUGGGCGGAGGGACGGGGACACCUUCAUCACCCAUGGGCUCUACAAGCGGACGCCUCGCUAUCCUGAGGAGAUGGAGCUGAUGAUCAACCGGAGGCCCUACUGUGACCGGCCAGGCAAUGAGCUCUGGUGGGACAACAGUUUCCUGGGGGGUAUUGUCCACUUGGAGGAGGAGGAGAAGAUCUUUAUCAGGGUGUCCAAGAAGAGGCUGGUGAGGGUCAAGGAUGGGACUCGCUCCUACUUUGGGGCAUUCAUGAUCUGAGCUCAGCCCUCCCAGCAGCCGGAGAAGAAGGAGGAGGAUGGCUGGGUGGGGCAGACCCAGCCUCAGAGGUUGUGGGACAUCUCCCCUCCUUCACCCGAGGUGCUUGGAUGGCAAAGAUCUCUAAUGAGGUUUAAGCUGGGCUGUAGUUCACUGCAGCUGGUUUGCCUGAU